AUGCAACGACUCACUGUAGCAAAGCAAUCGCUACGGCCUCGUGUCGUCUUCUCCGGCAUCCAACCCACCGGAGUGCCGCAUCUAGGCAAUUAUGUCGGAGCUCUGAGGCAAUGGGUCAAUCUUCAACGAGAGGAGCAAGCCUCGACCAAGCUGAUCUACUCCAUCGUUGACCUCCAUGCUAUUACCGUCCCGCAGAAGCCCGAGACGCUGAGGCAGCGCAAGAGAGAAGUUCUGGCCGCCCUCCUUGCCAUUGGCUUGGAUCCCGAGCGAUGCACCAUUUUUUACCAAUCUUCCGUGCCGGCUCACUCUGAGCUCAUGUGGAUUCUUGCUUGUACUGCCUCCGUAGGAUACCUGUCGAGAAUGACGCAGUGGAAGAGCAAACUCAGUCUGGCCUCAUCCUCAACGCUGGAGAACAAAUCUGUCGGCUCCCGACUGAAGCUGGGCUUAUUUUCGUAUCCCGUGCUGCAGGCCGCUGACAUCCUCGUCCACCGGGCAACUCAUGUGCCCGUCGGCCAUGACCAGCAACAACACCUGGAGUUUGCACGUGAAUGUGUCACAAACUUCAACCAUGCGUACGGAAACCAUCUCGUCCACCCAGAGACCAUCGUCUCCCCCGCCCAGCGCAUCAUGUCCCUGACGGAACCCACAAGUAAAAUGUCAAAGUCUCACGAAGCACAGCGGUCCAGAAUCUUAAUCACCGAUUCGCCGCAGGACAUUCGCUCCAAGAUCGCCACCGCCCUGACAGACUCAACCCCAGGAAUCUCCUAUGAUCCAGCUACACGCCCAGGCAUCUCCAACUUGCUGGAAAUCUUCUCAGUCUUUGAUACAGAAAGGCGCAGUCCGGCUCAACUGGCUCAAGCAUAUGCUGAUGCAUCACCCAAAAUCUUCAAAGAAGCAGUCGCAGAUGCUCUAUUGACUGGGUUACAAGGCAUUCGGGAUCGAUAUCUCGAUCUAAGUGCAAAUGAUUCGUAUCUUGACAAGAUAGAGCAACACGGUGCACGCAAAGCCCAGGAAAGUGCAAAGGAAACGAUGGAUAUCGUGAAAACUGCAGUUGGGCUGUAA